AUGGAGGACGAUUUGGAUCGCUGGGAAGCGCGCAAGGCGCAAGAGGCCACAGAGCAGACGCAAUUUUCUGUGCCGCAGAGCAUCUACCUUUCCUGGAUAAGGCAAGAGCUCGACGACGAGCAAGCCUGCAUGGAGCUGCCCUUCAUGAUUCUGGUUGUGAUUUCAUUCACCUUGAUGGCGGUUCUGGCGCUGAGCCAGCAUGUGGUCCUGUCUGUCGAGCAGGCGAUUGAGCAAGACAUCAUGCAAAAUGCAAACUUUGCUUUCAACGAGUAUAUGGGGCACAAGACCCUUGUGGACGUGCACUCCUUCGGUGACUUCUGGUCGUGGCUUCGUUUGGGCUUUGUGCCCCUGGUGCUUCCCAGGGGCUGGGGAUAUUCGGAGCGCCGCGUUCCCGAUGUCACCAGUGUGUUUGGUCUCAGCGAUACGGCCGUGCAAGCGCCGAAUGCAUGGGAUUUCGAGAACAGGUACCGCGCCCCCGUCGCCGGUGAUUACCU